AUGCUCCCGUUCUAUUCGGGCAAACUGUCCUUCGAAGAAUUCCUGCGCGUCAAGGAGGAAAUGCAAGAGUUGAGCGUGCAAUUCCAAGACUACGCUUCUUUAACGUAUUCCGCACUACACAAAGCAAAACAACAACACAUUCUUGCCACGAGAGAGCUUGCGCUGCAAAGGAAAAAACUCAAGGACGAAGAGGCAUUGAUAAAGUCUCAGAAUGAACAGAAUAAGGCAACGCGAGAGGCAAACUUAAACAGCCUCCAUGUUAAGCAAGAGAAAGUAGCCGCGUUGGCAACGCAACUACAAAAUCUAAAAAACACAAAAAAGGCUCUAGAGAAUGAAAUAGACGAGGCAAAAUUUGAUACCACAAGGCUAGAAAGAUCGUUCUCGGAGGUUCAGCAGAAUAUGAUAGUCCAGAACCGAAAAGAUAAUGAGGAGCUCGCGAAAUACGAAGCAUACAUGGGACUUCAAGUGGAGGCCGUUGCCAACGAUCAUUUAAAAUUUAAAUUUCUUAAUGCUGGCGGAAGUAGUACUGAUGAGGAAAUAUUUUUCCAUUUAUAUGUUGGCGGAGAAGACUACAAAAUUGGCGAGUCGUCUCCAGCCCUUUCAGCAGAGCAAACUAGCAUAUUGGAAGCAGAUCUUAAUUCGCAUGGUGAAAUCAUGCUUUUUCUCAAAAAAAUACGAUCGGUCUUAAAAACAAACCUGAGAAAAAGUUAA